CUCCUAAAUGGUAGCAACAAAAAAAAAUGCUGGAAUUUAUAUUAAAAUAAAAUGAAAUUACUUCACUAAAUUACGAUGGAGAUGCAUGAAUUAGAAUUAAUCAUUUAAUCGUAAUGGCUAAUCAUAGAUUAAAGAGUUAUCAUUUGACUAAAUAAUCCCACAUAAAUCAAUUUAUUAGCUUUAUACAUCAUAAAUAAUUUUCAAUCACCUUACAUAUUUAUGUCUCUUGUCCGUAUAUUUCAUUUCUCUAAGUCUCUUCUAAUGUAAUUUAAACCCACCUUUAACGCUUGCAUAUAUUUUAAAAAAAUACAGAUUUGGCCACAAAUGUUAUUUUAAUUGCUAAAGAAAAUGUCUAAAAAGCCACAAGCAAGGGAGCAUUUGAGAGUGUUUUAAAACGUGAGGCCAAGCGUGAAUAACUCCCUCCAAAUCUGCCCUCUGUCCAUUCUGACGUAAAAUAACAUUUUAAUCAAGCACUUCUUCACUUAAUCUCCGAACCCCAGCCGAGCAUCUUGUUGUUCCCAUGCAUGCAUGCUCUGCAGGGUCAGGUCGGUCCGGCUGUUUGAGUCUCUCGUUUAAUCUCACCAAUUACAAUCUGACGUUUGUACUUGUCCAGCGCGGUGCCCAAUUAAAACCCAAUUAACGUUUAUUCAGUGUGUCACAGUGAGAGAUUUAAAUAUAAAAAUACAAAUGUGCAGUUGGAAAGGGGGGGAAAUACUAUUUUGGGGGCUGAAGUGUUGCAUAUUGAAGCUUUAAUGCAGUCUAGUUUCGGACCUUGCUGAGCUCCGCCAAAAAUGCUAAUGAGGUUAAGAAAGAAAGAGUUGCUUUUGGAAGGGAAUGAUGCAUGCUAGUUAGCCCCCCCCAGAGGUCUUAUUACAGCUUGAACCAGGCCUCUUAACCACCACAUUUGUAGAAAACAACAACAACGGAAAUAGUGCUUUAUCUAAAUGCUCAUUAUUCAGUUAUUAAACUGAAGCUUUGCACCUUUUUUUUUACUGUUAAUAAAUGGUGUAUACUUCCAGAAAACCACUCAAUCUGACAAUAAUGUAGUACUUAAUUAGGCUGCAAAUCAUUCAACAUAUUUUAUUACAAGACUAACAAUAAUAUAUCAUAAAGUAUUACAUGGUAAUUUGUCAUCUUGUCAUAUUUUGAAGGUAAACAAGCAGUAGAAUAAUAAAACCACGUGUGCACCAGCAACCUAAAAAUGACUAUAACAAUGUAGAAAAAAAACAAGUGACAAAAGUGUAAGACAUCAUCCAUAAAAGGCUUUCCAUAGUAGUUUUUGCUUUUCUGACAACGUACAGACGGACCAUAGUCUGAUUGGCCAUUUUUCCCCAGCCAAUCAGAAAUGUCCCCAUUCAAGUUUUUUUUUUCUGGUGACGUCACCAAGCAAGAUGACACCCACCUCCAGCCAAAACCGUAAUGACAUUUUGGUAUCUGCGCUGUUUUCGUCCAUAAGAGGGAGUCAAGUUUCUUAAAAAGCACCGGCUGGGCCCACUUGCUCCACAGACGCGCCAAGCCGCCACGGAGAAGAGAAGAGACUUCUUUAUUUUCUCUCAUUUAUCAGUGGCAAAGUGGAAACGUCUCCACUUUGGCGGGGUGGAUUGUGGCAACUAUUCCCCACUCCAUUUAAAAAGUCGAUCUUCUCUAAACACAACCUGGAUUAACUCAAGCGGCUUUUUUAAUUGACUUUUUCUUGCGGGGGUUUUUGAAUAGUUUCGCCAUGUUGUGGAAACUAGCCGACAACGUCAAGUAUGAGGAUGACUGCGAGGAGAGACACGACGGCAGCAGCAAUGGCAACCCGCGGCUGCCUCACCUGCCAGCUGUCAGCCAACACCUCUACAGCCCGUCUCCCUCCCUCUCACACUCGGCCAGCUCGGACUUCCAGCCGCCCUACUUUCCUCCCCCAUACCAGCCCAUCUCCUACCCACAGUCCGGUGACCCUUACUCCCACCUGGCCGACCCGUUCAGCAUCAACUCCAUACACCAGUCCUCGCCGGCGUCCAACCAGCAGCAGCAGCCGCCGUGGCCCGGGCGACAGAGCCAGGAGGGCCUGGCGGCGCAUGGCAGGAGCGGCCUGACUAGCCAGAUCCUGGGCCUGGAGGGAGGCGGUUCCUCCGGGGUGAGGAGGGAAGGCUUCCGCCGGCCGGAGCUUCUUGCGCCGCAUGCCCACGGCAUCGAGUCGUCGGUGAUCGGGGAGAACAUGGGCAUGCACGACAUGGGCCAUGGGAUGGAGGACGUGCAGCACGUAGAUGACCACAGUAUUAUCAUGGCAGAUCAGACCGUUAUCAAAAAAGUAUUAGGACUGCGAGGGGGCAGGAGCCUUGAUCGCGUACAGAGGACUUGUUAUCAGGGGGGCAUCCUUGCGGGGCCUGUGACUCUUCCCAAAGGCAACGCACUGGGCCUCCCCUUCCAGAAGGAGUCCCUGCUGGGCAUGGUUUCAAACCCCACGGAGGUCUUCUGCUCCGUCCCCGGUCGCCUGUCGCUGCUGAGCUCCACUUCCAAGUACAAAGUAACGGUGGCUGAGGUCCAGAGGCGACUUUCGCCGCCGGAGUGCCUGAAUGCAUCGCUGCUGGGCGGAGUUUUACGCAGAGCCAAAUCGAAAAAUGGCGGGCGCUCCCUGAGAGAAAAACUGGACAAAAUUGGGCUCAACUUGCCUGCUGGAAGACGGAAGGCGGCCAACGUCACUCUACUUACCUCACUGGUGGAAGGGGAAGCGGUUCACUUAGCCAGAGACUUCGGUUACGUGUGCGAGACGGAGUUUCCAGCCAAGGCGAUCGCAGAGUACCUGGGCAGGCCUCAUGUGGAGCGCAACGAGAUUAACUCUCGCAAGAACAUGCUCCUCGCAGCCAAGCAAAUCUGCAAGGAGUUCACCGACCUGCUGACCCAGGACCGCUCGCCGCUGGGCAACUCCCGGCCGGCGCCCAUCCUGGAGCCGGGCAUCCAGGGGUGCCUGACCCACUUCAGCCUCAUCAGCCACGGCUUCGGCUCGCCGGCUAUCUGUGCCGCCAUGACGUCGCUGCAGAACUACCUGAACGAGGCCCUCAAACAGGUAGACAAGAUGUACCUGAGCACUGGCGGCGACGCGGCGGGAGACGGCGGUAGCAAAGCCGCUGACAAACUGGACAAGCAUCGGAAAUGAGACGCUCUCCCGGGAGAAUCCACAUAUGAACUCUGAGAAGACUCCUUCACGUUGUCGCACGCUUUCUGUCUUUUGACUUUUAUACGAUGGAGAGCUGUCUGUUAACACGACAAACAACUUUAGGAGACGCUGGUGGAGGACAACAGCAGGUGUGCUGUUUUUUUAUUUCCCCUCAAGAGGACAUCAUUUCAAGAUGCUGUGAGCUCCCCUUCCUCCUCCUCCUCCUCAGUGCUGUCUGGAGGCAAAUCCUCUGAUUUCCUGUGUCUCAACACAAAGGACCACUUUUUAUGAGAAAGAGACGCAAUUCUCUCUGGUUCAAAAAAAAAAAGAAAAAAAAGAUGAUUAUUGUUUGUGCUGCACCACGUCACGUCAGGAUGGAUCCAGUGUUAUUGUGCUUUGCUGACCUUCAGUCUGAUGGGGUCCAACAGAAGCCUCGUCAGUGUUCACACAGGGGUUGCUGCCAUGUCUUAAAACUAUGGAUGGACACGGGAAUCCAUUCAUUCACUGAUUCUCAAACUUUUGUACGGGGCAUUCUUCUCGUGAAUUUUUUACAAUUUGAACCAAAAAUCCGAUUAUAUUAGACAAUAUCUUCCAAAAAUAUGAUGGUUAACAUCUAAAUAUGAGUAACUACGUGUCCAAAUUAAAUAGGCUCCGUGUUGAACAGUGAAAUGUUCAUCAACAAUAUAUUCAAUGGAUGUAUGUUUUUAUAACCAAUUUCACAAAGCUUCACAAAUGUUCUAGAUGAAAUCUAACCAGAUGUGUCGAGCACGUCUUCUCUACACAACGUUCUUAGUUUUGACACAUUUUGUUAGAAUUUGUGCGACAAUUGCCAACAAAAUUAUGUCAAAAUUGUCGGGAGAGCAAAUAAUCGCACAAAUAUAAACCUUAACCAAUACUAUUUGGUGAAAUUAAAUUCAAAUAACAUUUUUGUCAUACGCCACAAGCCAGUGAGUGCAAGCCAGCUCCGGAAUCCUCCCCUUUUCUCUUCAAUUGCCAUUGUUCACUCGCAACACAAUCCAGGUUUCAGCCCUAAAAAUAUGCCUCACAUACAUAUUGAACACAUUUAAAGUGUAAAAAUGUGUAGGUACUCACCAUUAACGAAUAAUAAUGUCAGAUGAUCCAUGAACAAAUGGAAUCGGAGUCACUGGGUGUAGUCGUCAGCCUGGUCGUCAGGCUAGAGGCUAUCAGGCAAGAGAAGGUGUUUCUCCAAGCUGCGUCUACAUAAUCCACACUGCUCGCCUGUUGGAAUGAAGUAACAGUUUACGAUAACAUGCUAACUGUUCCUUCCAUAACCAAACAAACGUAUGCGUCUAAGCACACAGCUUUGGUGCGUUCAAGGACCUCUGAACAAACUGCAAAAUCUCAACGCUUGACGAAAAACAUUACCAGUGAAGCAUAAAGACAUAAACAUGUAAAAAUUGUCAACUUACUGGUACAUGUGUGCGGUGCAUUGUAUUGUGUUAUCUGCACUGUACUGUACCUUUACUGUAUUAUCACGUAUUUUUAAAUUAUGACCAACUUACGGUGUACGACGUGUGUAUUUCCGGAGAAAAAUGAAAAAUAUUUUUGACCAAAUAUAUGCAAAUUUGCAGAGCUGUAAAUGCUGGAUGGCAAAUGUGCGGGGAUCCGCCGCACCAUAUUGUUGAAUAAUUGCGCUUUGAUACAGUUGAGGCAAAUUGGAGUCCACUCCAGCGUAAAAUAAAAUUAUAUUAGAAAGGCAUACAUGUUUAAAACUAAUAUGAGCAAAUAAUUCAAUAUAGUAAUAAAUAUAUUCAUUAGAGAUUCUCCGAUAUUUAAAUUCAAUUUUCCUUUGCAAAAUAUAUUUGAGGUGUUACUUGGUGUAAAAAGUUUGAGAACCACUGAAUGAAUGCAUUCGUGAGUUAGGAAUGAGUCAAAUGCCCAUCUCAAGUGAUAUAUUUGUUUACCACGUUAUGUAUUCAUCCUCUUAGUAUUUAAAAAAAAACAAAAAACGACCUAAUGAUGAGUUUACUUUGUGUGUGUGUGUGUGUGUGUUGUGAGAAUGUGUGGACGUACUGUACAUAUUUCUUUCUGAUUAGACAUUAAAUCCCAAUAUAGAAUUUUAUCCACCCGCCUGUCCCAUAUGUAAAUAUUUUCUAAUUUAUGUUGUAAUUUAAUGGGCUCUUUUUGUUGUCGUUAUUGUAAAUAUUUUAUUUUGUUUGUUUUUGUUGGUGUGUGGUUUAUAUGAUGACGUGUUUUAUAAUAAACGGGUUAGUUUUCUAUCGAGUAGAAGGUUAGGAAGCGGGCGUGCUGAUCAUGAUGAUGACUUUGAUGAAGAUUUGAAAAAAAACAGCAGGAAAAAGUAGAUGUGAUUCAAGCAUGAUGUGUAGCGAGACACGGUACUGCCUCGCUGUUUCACUGAUUGGUCAUGUGUAUGACCAUUUUGCUUUCAAUAAAACAGCAAAGUGAGGAGAACAGAAGGCUUCAUUAUUUGCCGUGGUGUAGCUUUUAACCCCCGUGAAGCCAGGCGGCGUCAUGUGAUGGAUUCACGACUUUCAAGCUGUUCUAAUUUUAAAACGACGCAAAUGAAUUGGCUUCAGGCAUCAUGCAAACCUUUGGUAACUGUACAGGCAUAUAUUUUAUGUCACAUUCUGUACCUAUUAUAAGUUUAACAAAAAAUGAAUUGCUGUUAAAUAAAACUAUGAUAAAUUAAAAGUACACAGGGAGCAGGUUUUGAGUAAAAAGCACGCACGAAAGUCAAGAAUCCUCGCAUUCACCUAUGCUACAUCGAAGGGUGAGUACUUUUAAUUCAUUUUGUUUUAUUAUAUUAUUAUCAUGAUAUUAUACUUCUGCCAUAUAGUGGGAAGCAGGUGUGGAUGGUGUUAAUGUCUACAUCCACUCCCUUUGAUUGUAGGAAGUUGGCAAUCUGUUGCUUUGUUGAAGGAACAUCCAUUCCAUGUGGUUCCCCCCAUCUUUUGGCCUGGGUGUAAUUCGGAGCCCUGUGAGGACCACAUCAUUCAUUCAUACAUUCAUAUCCAUCUCGUCAAUUCUAUUUUUCAUUUGUAUAGUGAUAUUUUUCUUUGCUUUUUUUCUCUGCUUUAAGAGUGGUGCGAAAGGCAGCAAUGUCUUCCAAUAGUGCCUUGAUAUCAUCCUGUAGAAUGUUGAGG